ACAACUGCCCAGCUGGCAUCCUCAUUUGGUCACCCAAUUCCAACCCCCUUCUUUGUAUAAAAAUGCAACCAGUGGGGUGAGGAAGGAACCAAGGGGUGGUAAUGGAAGAGCAGCAACAAGCAACGAAGUUCAGGGUUGUGAAGGUGGACUCAGAGGAGUCAUGGAACCACUUCAUCACCCAAGCCAACAACCAAGGCAGCCCUGUUUUUGUUCACUUCAGUGCUUCAUGGUGUGUCCCAUCACUUGCCAUGAACUCCUACUUUGAGGAACUGGCGAUGACUUACCAGGAUAUUGUGUUUCUCUUGGUAGAUGUCGACGAAGUCAAGGGGGUUGCUUCUAAGAUGGAGGUGAAGGCAAUGCCUACCUUUGUGCUGAUGAGGAAUGGGGAAGUGGUAACUAGGUUUGUUGGAGCAAAUCCAGAAGAAAUGAGGAAGAGGAUAGAUGCUUUUGCCCAUUCCCUUCUUCCAACGAAUAUGGAUGAGUAGUUUGCAGGGUGUCACAAUAAGACCAAACUGAAAAAGGAACAACCAUGGUGUUCUCUGUUUCUUCUGUUCAAAAUUUUUAAAUAUUUUUAAUUAGAUGUAAAAUACGUAGGGUUGUAUAAUAAUAGUGCAGUCCUAAAGCAUUUUGAUGCUUAAAAACAGUGAAAGUACUAAACAUUAUUCUAUAAUAUUCAUGCAUAAUCCAUGACCAGAGUCCAAACCCAA